CAGGCGGGGUACCGGAAGUGCGUCAGGCGCGGGCGGAAGCGGCCGGGACGGGCGGGUGCCGGAGGGUCGCGGCGGCCGCGCCAUGGUGGAUUACAGCGUGUGGGACCACAUCGAGGUCUCGGACGACGAAGACGAGACUCACCCCAACAUCGACACCGCCAGUCUUUUCCGAUGGCGGCACCAGGCCCGGGUGGAGCGGAUGGAGCAGUUCCAGAAGGAGAAGGAGGAGCUGGAUAAAGGCUGCAGGGAGUGCAAGAGGAAACUCGCCGAGUGCCAGAAGAAGAUGAAGGAGCUGGAGGUGGCUGAGGCAGAGGGUGGCAAAGGGGAGCUGGAGAAGCUCCAGGCCGAGGCUCAGCAGCUGAAAAACGAGGAGAGGAGUUGGGAGAACAAGCUGGAGGAGCUGAGGAAGAAGGAGAAGAACAUGCCCUGGAACGUGGACACGCUCAGCAAGGACGGAUUCAGCAAGAGUGUUUUCAACGUGAAACCCGAGGAGAAGGAGGAGACGGAGGAGCAGAAGGAGAAGAAACACAAAACGUUCGUGGAGAGAUACGAGAAGCAGAUUAAGCACUUUGGGAUGCUGAGGCGCUGGGAUGACAGCCAGAAGUACCUGUCAGACAACCCUCACCUGGUGUGUGAGGAGACAGCCAAUUACCUGGUGAUCUGGUGCAUCGACCUGGAGGUGGAGGAGAAACACGCCCUGAUGGAGCAGGUUGCCCACCAGACCAUCGUCAUGCAGUUCAUCCUGGAGCUGGCCAAGAGCCUCAAGGUGGAUCCCAGGGCUUGUUUCAGGCAGUUCUUCACCAAAAUCAAGACCGCAGACCAGCAGUACCUGGAGGGGUUCACGGAGGAGCUGGAGGCGUUCAAGGGGCGGGUGCGGGGCCGGGCGCGGGCGCGGCUGGAGCGGGCGCUGCGCGAGUACGAGCAGGAGGAGCGGCGCAAGCGCCUGGGGCCCGGCGGGCUCGACCCCGUGGAGGUGUACGAGGCGCUGCCGGCCGAGCUGCAGAAAUGUUUUGAUGUCAAGGACGUUCAGAUGCUGCAGGAAACCAUCAGCAAAAUGGAUCCAACUGAGGCCAAGUACCACAUGCAGCGCUGCAUCGACUCGGGGCUGUGGGUGCCCAACGCCAAGGGGGGGGCGGGGGAGGCUCCUGGGGAGGAGCUGAAGAAGGAGAACGGAGCAGAGGAGACCCCAAAACCCUGAGGGGAACCCCCAAAAAAAAAAAAAAAAACCAGAAAAGGUCAAAAAACAAACAAAAAAAAAAUUAAAAUGAAAAUUUAAAAAAUACUCCAAGCCGCACACACACACAUAUCCUGCCCCUCCCCCCUCACGCUGCCCCACCCUGUGCUUUUCACUUUUGGGGUUUUUUUUUGGGGUUUUUUUGGGUUUUUGGGAGGUUUGGGGUCCCCCCCCCCACCCUGAGGCAGACCCAGGUGGGGUUUGGGGUUUUUUUUUUGGGGUUUUUUUUGGGGGGGUGAGAGUGGAGAAUAAAGAGAUUGGAGA